CAAUACAAUCAGCGAUCUAUAGUUCUAUUUAGAACAAAAAAAGAAAAUCGUCAAUGUUGGUCGACAUCCAAACAACUAUCAAAUACUAACCUCAUAGCCACCCUCAUUCGGCACCGAGCUGAAGUGCUGAAAUGGUGUCAGCUCUGUUUAUUGGAGCAGCCAGGGCGCUCUGUGGGAGGCCUGACAAACAAGGGACACCAACAGAGAUAGGGCAGAGCCAUCGAGAAGGUGGAACCAUUGCAAAACAGCCCAACAAAAGCUUGCCAUGGUUCACUUGUGUGUCUCCAUUUCCGCAGAGGGUCCCCGGUUGGAGUCUGUACUGAAAGAAUCGUCAAGAAAACCCCGGAAAGGUAAGAAGACGACUUUUGACAUGACCACCUCCAGGAACCCGCCUUCAAGAACCAGGAUGUCCUCGUCCCGUCAAGACCGCGGCUCCUGUUCUUCUACAGCCUCCUGUCCCGUGUUUGCGGGCUCCUACAGUGACCAGGAAGAAGACCCUCCACCACGGCACAGGUCUUCACCCCUACUCAAAACCACACUCUCCAAACUUAACCACUCCACACAAACCACCCACAAUGGCUCCCUGCCCAGCCUCCAGGGAUCUGAAGCCUCUCUGCGAGGAGCAACCCCGGCCGCACGAGGCGCACCUUGGAACCGAAAAGGAUCUCUAACCGGACUCCAGAAUUCCAUAGCAAAACUGAAGGGUUCCAUCUUGGGGCUGAAGCGUCGGUCGAUAGGCACCCACCAGAACUCUCCAGCUCCGUCCAGCUCUAAUGAAGGAAGCUCCAGCUCCAGCCUGCGGAGUGUUAGCUCCAGUGAAGACGAUGGCAGCUGGGACACCAACAGUUGGAGCUCCGGGAUCACCUGCCUUCUACGCCACCCUGCCGAACAGCAGGGCAGCCAGGUCCUCCAGAUCUAUCCGGACUCCACCGGUAAGGGUAAAGGCGGCCAGAUGUCAGACUCUGACGCGUCAUUGCCUGAGGUCAUUUACCAGAAUCUCACCUUCUCUCGGCCCAUCGAUGAACCCGAAGACGCACGUUUUGCCCAGAGCGCCUCCUUCCUGUCAAAGAAGAAAGCUCAGAGCAUGUUCAUGUCCAACAACACUCAGAGUGUUUCACCAACAACCGUGAACCAUCAUAGGGAUAAGAGGGCCGAGAACCGGCUUAAGUUCUCCCAGUUUUUGAACGAGGUGACAUGCAGGGUUCUACAGUUCAAAGAAGGCCGUCCUCAGCUCGGCUCCACCCUCCAACAUGGGUACCAAUCCCCGUCGCCUGAGCCACCAUCCACUCCUUCUCCGCUUCGACCAUCAUUACCACCAACAACGACAAAAACAACCGCUAGAGUCACAACAACGGAACCGCAGCCCAUGGCGGGUAUAUGGCGCAGCCCAACCACGGCGGACCUCCAGAUGAUCCAAGAGGAGGAUUCCAGGGACUUGGCCGGCUCCAUUCAUCGCUGGAGCAAGUCCCUGCCCAGCUGCCGGGUCCUGGAGCCUUCCGAUGUACCCAGGAAGGUGAACAGAGAGAGAUAUUCAUACCCCGAGCGUGACCUGGCACUAUGUACGAAGAUCCAGUCACAGCCGUCCACAGGCCGGCUGUAUCUGGAGACAGAUAUUGACAGGGUGCGACGGCUGGAUGAACUGGCGGCUGAUGGCACCCUGGUGACGGAUGGGCAGGAGAUGGGGACGGAGAAGCCUGACGAGGGUGAGGAAGAAGAAAGGGAGAGAAUAAGGGAGCCGUUGUGGGAGAGGACUGGGCAGAGGGCUGAUACGACCGAUAAGGAGGAAGAAACGAGGGAGAAGCCAAAGGAAAUCCACUCGAAGAGAGACAGACGGAAGGAUAAAGGGAUGGACAAAGCGUCCGAGAGGCCAAGUGGGGAAGAGAGAGGGGUGCCGGGAGAGAGGGAGAGGGGGAGAGAGAAGCGGAAAAAAGUGGUGUGGGACAGUCAGGAACCUCCACAUUCCUCUGGAUCAAGCUCCAAUGGGAGGAGAACCCAAGGCCCUGAUCUGCGGUGGCCAGAGGGUUUUCCCAGGAUGUCCUACAGGUCCACCUCCCUGCCGAGACCUACCUUCAGCACUGAGUCGGGUGGAGAGAUGCAGCGUGAAGCCAGCUCUGUCCACGACCACAAGGAAGACCUGCGGAAGCGACUGUCCUUCACCACACACAAGUUAGAGAUGGUGGAGAUGGAGUUUGAUUCUACCCGCCAGUACCUGGAGACGGAGCUGCGCCGGGCGCAAGAGGAGCUGGACAAGUUCACCGAUAAAUUAAGGAGGAUCCAGAGCAGCUAUGCAACUCUUCAGAGAAUCAAUCAAGAUCUGGAGGACAAGAUGCACAGGACGACCCAGCACCACGAGGAGGAGAACAGGGUGCUGAGCCGCGAGGUCCUUGUCCUGAACAACCACCUCAUGGAGGCCAAGAUCACUCUGGAGAAGCUCCGAAAGGACAACGACUUGUACAGAAAGGACUGCAACCUGGCGGCCCAGCUGCUGCAGUGCUCCACGUCCCACCACAGAGCUCACAAGAUGUCUGAGCUGCCCUUGGAAUUCCAGGAACGCAUCGGCUCCCACUUUGAGGAGCUGGGCCGUGGUGGGGGACUGCCUGCCGGCAUGUGUCAGUCUCCGUACUCCGACUCCGUCCCCACCUCGGUGAUCGCGAAAAUCCUGGAAAAGCCCGAACCGGGAAGCAGCUGCCCGGCGACUCGCUCCCCCAGCCCCCAAAUUCCGGACGGCGACUCCCUGUCGGGAACGGGCAGCAGCGACCGCCGCGACCGCCGCCUCUCGUACAAGACCUCGGACCUGUACUGCAGCGACACGGCCCUGUACUGCCCCGAGCGCUGGCAGGACGCCGAGAGACGCCAGAGCGCGGACCUCAACGGCACCCGGUUGUUCCAGCUCCACGCCCAGGCCUCGGCCGACAGCAACCCCGACGAAGAGGCCUUCCACUCGGGCAGCUUCUCCCCGCAGGAGACCCCGUCCCCGGCCUUCCGUCCCCGCGACAAGUUCGGCGCGGGCUCCCUGCCCGCCUCCAGCUCCUACUCCAGCUUCAGCCUCGCGUCGGACGACAAGGGCGCCGUCGUCGGCGUGGAAGGGGGCGGCGGCGGGCGAGCGGGCGGCGGCACGCUGUCCGCCUCCCACCAGGUCCUCUACGUGGACUGGCGGGACGGCGGCGGCGGCGGGGAGUACGAGCACGUGAAGGGCCUGUCCUCCCGCAAGAAGGACUCCGCUAGCUUCCCCAAGUCCCAGAGCAUCCAGCACAUGGCGCCGCAGAGGAGCCCGCGGCGGGGCGCCUCCCCGGCUUACACGCGCACGGCGUCCUGCUUCAGCGAGCCGUACCACUCCAGCAGCCCACGGCUGACCUCCUCCCACAGCAUGGGGUCCGCCUUGGCGUUGGCUCCCGCUAGCGGCGGCGGCGGAGGUCGUGGAGGCGGGGUAGAUCGCGCGGCCGACGUUCACGUCUUGGAGGACGAGCUGAGCAGCCGCUGGCGGCAGAUGAGCGUGGACGACGUGAACACCUUCUCGUCCUCCUAUCACGGCCUCACGGUGCGCGCCUCCCCGUACAGCUUCUCCGAGCGCCACUUUGCCGUGGGCCCGUCCGGUAAGUCCAAAGUGGGGCCGCUCUACAGCAGCUUCCGGGAAGGGGACGACGUCUUCCACAGCCUCCUGCUGGACCAGUGCUUCGACGAGGGCUCCCCGUCGCCCGGCCGAAGCGCGGCCGGCGGGUCGAAGCGGCCACUCUCGGAGCACCGCAAGCAGGAGAAGAGCUCCGUGCUAAGGACACAGGAGAGCCAGGACUCCGAGUGCAGUCUCUUCCUGAGCUCAGGGAGCGCCAAAGAGAAGGAGAACGGCGGGAGAGCGGGAGCGGCAGCCGUCGGCAAAAGCAGGGAUUACGUCAACCUGAGCGCGCACAGCUCGCCCGAGUCCCUGCGUCUGAGCUCCCUGGAGGCGUCGAGCCUCCAACACUUCCCCUGCCCCAGGCCCAGCUCCCGGCCCCGGCCCAGCUCCAGCUCGGCCCUCAGCAUCGGCCCCAAGCUCCCAAAGAAAACCUCUCCCAGGUACCAGAAGUUUGGUAGCACGGGACUGAUGAGGAAGGACAGUCUCACCAAGGCACAGCUGUAUGGUACAUUACUGAAUUAAGUCGGAGGGAAAGACCCCGAGACCCCGACCACCAAAAAAAAAAAGGUCCCUGUUCUCUGCAUGACAUUGAUUAUGAUCCGUAGUGUACUGUAUUGUAUGUUUCCCUGUGGGAAAGACACAACGCUGUGAGGAAAUGUGUGGUAAGAAGUCGAUCUAUGUUUCUCAAGCCAAGGCACGUUUAAUUCAGUGUGUGUGUGUGUGUGUGUGUGUGUGUGUGUGUGUGUGUGUGUGUGUGUGUGUGUGUGAGUGUGUGUGUGUUGCAACAGAAGUGUUCUUUUUUAAAUGGAGAUAUUUAUGUUAUGAUAGUGUAAGGUAUCAAAAAGACCAGCCUGUUCUAUGUUCUUUGUAUUGCGAUGAUUUUGACUGUACUCCAGCCAAGUGUAACUGGAAGCAAAGAAAUCCACAUUGUGCGAAAGAAGGACGGCAAUGAUGGGAAUUAUAGAUCCAAAAAUACAGUAUGCUAUCGUUUUCUUCCUUUUCUGGGUUUUGUCAGUUAAACCUGCAACAGUAACUGUAUUAAUACUCUGAUAUAUACAAUAGAGAUAAGGGCGAUGUAUAAUUGCAAGCAGGUUCCUUUGCUGCCUCCCUCACUAAGAGCUAAUUAACACGAUGUUUGGAGAAAGGGGGAGGUUAUCUAUUAUGCAUAGAGUACCCUGCAGACUAGAAUUUCCAUUCCUUAGUUUUUCCUCAAACUAAAUGCAUGCUGCGUAAUGCAUAUAUGAAUAAACUGGAGAAAGUAUAUUUCUCGCAAAGAUGUUUCACAAGGGACCAUGAACAUAACGGGUAGGUAGAAUUUGUGACCGCUGAUUAGCAUAGAACAACUUCCACAAUGAUUAAUCAAAAAUAAUAAUUUUUUUCUUUUCAUAGAAUCAGUGAACUACUGAGAGAUUACAUAAAGAGCCAAGGGUUGAAGACUUCUUUCAUCUGUCAAUUUAAACAUAAGUUACAUUACACUUUGCAUUUAUUUUCACUGCAAUCUACUGUACUUUUGAUUCUCUUGGUGAGUACAUGUUUUGAAGAGUUAAUUUGAUUGAUUGGUCCUGAUCUUAAUCGUUGGAUGAUUUUAAACCGGUAUUAUGGUGGCAAAGGUUUGUAACACGUUUGCUCCUCGUGGAUAUUCUGUUUAAAAUCAACUCUAUGUUAUUUUACACUCUUGCAUUUGUGUCACAAUGUAAUCAAUAUAUUGUGCUUAUUGAUCAGAUAGGCACAGUGUUUAUUGAUCAAAGAAAUUGACAUUGGUAGAACAUUUUUCACACCACUGAAAAAGAAGCUGGCUUCUCAUUUUCAGCUAAGAGAAGGGGAGGACAAUUUGUAAAGUCUAAGAGUAAAUGGAAGGCCAUUCACUAAUCAGACUAUCUGUCUUAUACCGUAGUAUUCUUUCAUACCAUAAUGACAAAAAUUCAUGUCGGACUCCUUUUCUACACACAAAAAUCAGUACAGAGCAUGAAACCUAUGUCUGUAUUUUACGAUAUACUGUAAUAGUUAACUUUAUACCAGUAAACUCUGCCUUAUUGCGGUUUAGUGAAUGGAAUGUUUAUCCACUCACACAAGGGUGUACAUGCUGUAUAGACAAAAGUGUCUGUCUGUGUGUUAGUAAGAUGUAUGUUAAGUGCUGUUACUUCUUUUUUUCUUGUUUUAGGAUUUUAUCACAAACCAAAUAUUCAACCUGAUAUAAACUGUAUAAUGUUGGCACUAGCUAGCCACCAGGCUGUGACAACAGAAAAACAAAUCUGUUUCAUUAGACAUUGAAGUGGGCAACGGUUGAGAAGCAAUCUGUCAAUACUCAAAUUUAAUCACAUUAGUGUGAGCACAAGGUCACAACUUGGAUAUGAGUAGGGGCGAUUUGAUGAAAAAGCAUGCGAAUCCUUACUCCUUUUUAAUAUCAUGGAAUCGAAUUCAUUACCAGACUGUGAUGAAUAGCCUAGCAAACUGACUCCUGCCCUGUCCUACGAUCAAUGCUCAAAACCUGUCCUGCUGAAUGAAUAUAACACUCUCUUCUUUCUCACGAGGUGGCCUACUGGUCUCUCUCUCCUGUGAGGUGAACCUAGCGCUAGCACAAGUGUUUCGGUUUUUGACCGUCUUGAGAUAGCCUGGAGUAUCUGCUGCUGUUGUUGCUGUUGCUGCUGUUGUUGUUGCUGCUAGAGCACAGCAGUGGAUGACAUUGGGGCAUUGCUUCUACUUUAAGUAUAGCUUAGUCACUGCACAGAGGUAUAGCUCUGACUGUCGGUCCGAGGAGAUUGUGGAUAUGGGAAUUGGAAUAUAAAGUAGCAACACUUUUCCCCCCUACAUGUUCUUUUGGUUAAUAUUUCAUGCUUCUACUUUUCGUAUUGACAUCCCUUUCGCUGGAAAGAGUAAAGUGGAACAGAAUCAAAAUAGGAAGUGACGGUCAGCGAUCUUUUGCGCUGCCAGUCGUUACUAUGGUACGACAUCCCAACUGCGUACCCAACAUAUGGGUGCAACCACCAUGGAUUAACCAUUUCACACACAGCCGGUGUCACCAGCCGAGUUGCUGUUUCUAUACACCCCACGAUUCAUCCAUACGUACAGUACGCGGAAAUUGAAUCAUUAGGGAAAAUAUGACAAUAUCUAAAUGGACAAAGAAGAGGCUGUGUAUCUGCAUGGUCCCAGGGUGUGAACGGGUAGUUUAAUACCAGGUCACGUGGAUGGGAUAUCAACACCGUACUUUGUUGAAACAAACUCAUACCUAUGUUUGCUCUACUGCUCACCAUGCCAAUGGUUCACUUUGGCAACAAUCAUAUUGAAAGGCGCUCUAAGCGAGGUCAUCUUUUUGGCUAACUUGAGUCUUGCAUGACUCCCGUGUCUUUCUCCUGGCAGCCCUCUUUUCGUAUAUCUUUCCUUCAGUGAAAGAUGUAUGGAAAUAUUUAUAUUUUUUUAGUGUGGGAAGUUUUUCAAGUGUAAUACUUCUAUCCUGCUAUUGAUAUUUAUAUAUAAGCAUGGAAUCAAAGCCGCCAGAGUUUGUUUCUGUUACUUUUGGAGGUCGUUUUUUUUCAUAAAGAAUUGUAUCUCUUCAUUCAAUGCUAUGUUUAUGAAAGUGAUGUGGCCAUACUAACUCAAUCUUUUUCAAUUUUCAUGUGCAGGGGAUUAAGCAUAGCUGGAAUUCAAAACUCUAAUUUGUAAACAACAUUUAUAGAAUAGUAUCACAGAAAAACACUAAGCUUUAUUACUAGCAACAUACACGUAAUAUAACAUGUUUCGACAAAGUGAGUAUUGACAAACAUGGAUAUGGAAGUAUGGUUGCGGGAGGCAAUAUAAUUUGAUUAGACUUCCAUCGUUAUAACAUUUGACAUGACAUCUUUUCUGUUUUCUGUUGCGUUUAUAUUGGUUGUUUUAUGUUGUUAGUUCAAGUGACUAAGGUUAAGGAAGUCACUGAGCAAAGCAGAACCGUGUUCGAUUCUCUCUUGUUCUACCUCCAAAAUGGUUCAACAAGGCACAGGGCCCAGCCAUUGUCUAUCCUCUGUUCUCUGUCCACAAGCGUGUCAGUCUGAUAUGCAUGAGUAUAUUAAUUUGUUGCUGUAUGUUGAUUGUUGAUUUUACUUAAUAAAAAAGUACAAGGCAUGAGGCGA